GCUCAUUAUCUGGUUCUUAGAUCAGAUCUAGAGCUACAGAUUGAGUAGGGCCGGCAACCUACGGAUGUGGUCAUCAACGCAUCUGAUCCGAAGAUCAUUCCAACGGAUUGAGGGUACUCUCUCUUUCUCAACGGUGAGCAUCAAGGACCAUAGCUUGUUCUCUUCGAGGCACUCGAAGAGCUUAAAACACAACCCAAAUGGGAGGUUUGUUGUGGUUUGUGGGGAUGGAGAAUACAUUAUAUAUACAGCUUUGGCCUGGAGAAAUAGAUCCUUUGGUUCAGCAUUGGAAUUUGUUUGGUCAUCAGAUGGAGAAUAUGCAGUUAGGGAAAGUAUAUCAAGGAUUAAGAUUUUUGAGAUCACAUAUAACAAUGGUGAAGGCUAUUGUUGUUCUUAAUAGAA